AUGGACGAUUCCGACAUGUCCAGCAUUCGCCCGCGUAAACGUGUAUCCCAGGCCUGCGUGCCAUGCAGUCGGAGGAAGACCAAGUGUGACGGAGGUCUCCCGGCAUGUGGACAGUGCCGCCAGAGAGGCGUCCAGGACUGCACAUAUUCAGUUUCCAAGCGGAACAAGAGAGAAAGGAGAACGACUUCAAGCUUGCAGGACACCGUAUCUGGGCCUGUACAACGGGGUUCUCCGAGUAUAAGAUCAACACCUCCCAACCAUGAUUUGGAAAACCACAAUGCAGCCAUGAGCUCGAGAUCACAAAAUCACGAGACUUAUAGUAAUAAUCUUGGCAACUAUAGCCCAGCUCCAAUUGGAAUCCGGACUGUACCAAAUAGAACGGCACCAACUGCCCUUCCCGAGAUCCCUCGUGAUAUCUCGGCUCGGCUUUUCAAAGCCUACUUCGAUACCAUCCAUCCCAUCUGGCCUCUACUUUACAAACCUGUGUAUGAUAUGCUAGAUCAUCAACGCCUACUGGAUACGAUACCCCAACAGCUGCUGUAUGCGAUAUAUUCGAUAGCUGCCUGCGUCCAGCCCGUGGAUGAUCUCAGCAACAAACGAGUUCCUGAUCGACUCCUGCCCCCACCGUCGCUGUUGUUCCAGGCGGCACUGUUAGCCCUUGGCAAUGAUCAUACCGGGAAUGGGUUCCACCCUCUGAAAUUCCUCAAACCAUCGAUCGAGGCCUGUCAGGCGCUAACCAUACUCGCGCUUCAGCAGCAUGGGGUAGCCGAGUCCGAAUCAGCAGCUCUCCUGUGCAGCCUGGCAGCUGGGAUGGCAAUUGAAUUGCGUCUGCACAGAGAAGUAAAAUCCGACUCGGCUUCCAUUGAUAACCAAGUCCGUUCCCGCCUGUGGUGGAAUAUCUUUGUCCUAGAGAAGAUGAUGGCAUGUGAAUUAGCCCGUCCGGUACUCCUCAGGGCGGAGGAAACGGACACGUCGUAUCCUUCUGCUUCCGAAUCUGAUGAGUAUCAGUUAUUAUCUCUGACAACAUCUAGCCAAAGCGGACCGGUGUCGGUCAAGACGCAUACAAUCUCUGGAUUCCACACCACUGUCCAACUGACGAAGAUCAUGGAGAAGGUCUUACGGGAGAUAUACUCUGUGGCUGGUCGAGCUAUAGUUCGUGAGAACUUGAAAGCUGGAGAAGAAGCCAGGAUGAGGUUGUGGCAGGAAUUGAAAGAUUAUCAUCUGAUGCUGGAUUCGUCUCCGUUGAAACUGGACAUGAAUAGUACCGCGCCAGCCCCACCAGUAACUAUUACAAAUAUGGUGUGGAUGUGGUGCAUUACUAUUUUGCUUCACAGGCCCUUUAUUCCGCACUGGGUGAAAAGUGGUGCUUCUAGCUGUCCUCUCCAGCUCUGUGUUAUGGCAGCUAAAAACAUUUGCUCAAUCCUGGAAAGGUACUCGAACAACCUUCCCAUGUUGUCGUGUGAUAUGAUAUUCCCGAUCUUCACUUCUGCAAGUACUCUGUCGUACUCGGUCGAGCAUGCUGGCGGGGAAGACCCCGAGGCACGGAGACUUAUCCAGCUUUGUGUGCGAUGGCUCGCGAUACUAGGGAAGAGCUGGAAAAAUGCCGGUAUCUUCCAAGAGACUCUCUCAAAGGAUCUCAGACAGCCACUAGGAAAUGGAAACCACCAAGCCGACAGUCGAAAUUCGCGCUCUUAUAACUAUGGCGAGCCGGGAGCCUCCUGGCAGUCUCAGACAGAAGCGGCAUAUCAAGCCGAGGCCUCUGGGAAAAGUCUGAUUUCAGCCGAUGACUGGGCCUUCUUGGAGAACCUAGGCGAUCCAGCAGACGAGUUCUACACUAUAGAUGUUUCCUUCCGUGAACUGCUCCAUAAGCAGUUCGAUAUUGAGCGCACGUCUUAG